UGUAGAUGUAUUCAUUAAUAAUACAAUUAGACCAUUAGGUCACACCAUACUCGCAUGCGCCGCAUUGCACUGUCACUUUAGGUGACACAAAUGUGUUCGCCAUUUGGUGCGAAACGAUGCAAUUAAAAUACUAGACCCUGAUUAUGUAGGUACAUCAAGUAAACGAUAAAGUAUAACUAUAAUAGUAAGGCAUCAUUCCUUAACAGUGAGGACUUGAAGCAACAUAUUAUAAAUACAUCAUUAGUGUAUGUAUAUACAAGUUAACAAUGAAUACUUUAUUGAUAGGAUUAAGUUUUUCGCUGAUAUGUUAUUUAAACGGGCACGAAGAAAAAAAACCACAUUAUUGGAGCAAAGCAAGUAUGGAUUUAGAAGCAUUGCCGUUAGAAAAACUGCUAGAAAUGAAAAAAGAACUUCGGAUAAAAGAUGAACAUUCUAUUCGACGGACAGACGAUGAGGAGGCGGCGGCGGCUACGGCGGAAGAGGACGCACCGAACGCUAUGGCCUUGCGGAGGACCGCGGAUGUUCUGCACUCGUCGGCGGCGGGCAGUUCGAUGCAGACAGCCUUUCAGAUGUCCCUUACCGUCCUGUCGUUCCUGGCGUUCGGUGGCUACUUGAUCAGUCUGGUCGCGCAGAACAUGCGCAGAACGUCGCAGUCGCUCGACGGCGCCACGGCGCCGCACCCGCUCAAGGCAGUGGUGGUCAACCGGAACAAACGGCCCGGCCUCUUACUCCGACCGUCAGGCCCUACUACCACGGUCAGCUUCGGCCGGCGCAAGCGGAGCCGGAGGUUCCCGCGAACCACGUUGGUCUGUUCUGAGUAG